AUGGGGCUGCGCGUGCGCUUUGUCAGGGCGAGCCCGCUGCUUAUGCGCCUGGGAAACCGCGGCCAGGACAUCCUUGGUGUGGAUGCGAUGGUCCUGAAGCUCAUCCAAGCUGCCGUGAGGCCGUCGGGGAAAGGUACCUUCUUCUUCUACCAGCUGGCGAAGCCAGGCUGGGAGUGCCCAGAUGUACCCAGCCCACAGGGGCAUCGGAACCGGCCCAAGCCGACGAGAGGCUGGGCGGGCUGGGUAUGUCCGGAGUGCAGCUGGAUCAACGA